AACAAACCUCCACACUCCACGCCAUAGCCAGCACACACUCUUUCCAAAUUUCCCUACAAAUACCAACCCCCCACUUCACCAUUUCUCUCAUUCACACCACCCCAUUUCUCAUUUUGCUCCAUUCACUCUGAAAAGUGAAAACCAACAUCCAUGGCGUUUCAGCUAUUCAGAGUGGUUGUAAGAGACUUGGCCAAACCCAAGAUUGGUUGUGCUAGAGUGUCUUCUUCUUUCUCUACCCUUCAGCCUAAUGCUUCUGACGAAGCUGAUGUGCCUUCUUUGCCGCCGUUCAAUUACGAGCCGAGGCCGUACAAUGGGCCACGCGCCGAUGAGAUCUUCGAGAAGCGGAAGAAGUUUCUGGGUCCUUCUCUUUUCCACUUCUACCAGAAGCCUAUCAAUAUUGUAGAAGGGAAGAUGCAAUAUCUGUUUGAUGAGGAUGGCAGGCGCUACCUCGAUGCUUUUGCCGGAAUCGUGACUGUUUCUUGCGGACAUUGUCAUCCGGUUGUUUUAAAGGCUAUAACGGAGCAGAGUCAGCUUCUUCAGCAUGCUACAACCAUAUACUUGCACCACGCAAUCGCAGAUUUCGCAGAGGCGUUGGCUUCAAAAAUGCCUGGAAAUCUCAAGGUUGUAUACGUUGUAAAUUCUGGGACAGAAGCUAAUGAGUUAGCAAUGCUGAUGGCCCGUCUGUACAGUGGCAGUCUGGGUAUGAUUGCGUUGAGAAAUGCAUAUCAUGGUGGAAGCUCGAAUACGAUUGGUUUGACAGCAUUGAACACAUGGAAGUAUCCAAUUCCACAGGGCGAAAUUCAUCACGUGGUAAAUCCAGACCCAUACCGUGGGAUCUUUGGCGCUGAUGCCAAAUGUUAUGCCAAAGAUGUGCAAGAUCACAUCGAUUACGGCACUUCUGGAAAAAUUGCUGGAUAUAUAUCCGAAACAAUUCAGGGAGUCGGAGGAACCAUUGAAUUGGCUCCUGGUUAUUUAAAGAUGGUUUAUGACAUUGUCCGAAAGGCUGGUGGUGUCUGUAUUGCUGAUGAAGUACAGACUGGGUUUGGCCGCACCGGAAGUCACUAUUGGGGAUUUGAAACCCAGGGUGUUAUUCCUGACAUUGUUACUAUGGCCAAGGGAAUUGGAAAUGGAUUGCCCUUGGGAGCAGUGGUUACUACUCCUGAAAUCGCAAGUGUACUGGCACAGAAAAUACUGUUCAACACUUAUGGUGGAAACCCUGUAUGCUCUGCGGGAGGGCUUGCAGUUCUCAAAGUCAUUGAUGAGGAGAAGCGUCAAAGUCACUCUGCUGAUGUUGGCUCACAUUUGCUUGCACGUUUGAGAGAUCUUCAACAGCAACAUGACAUCAUUGGAGAUAUCAGAGGUAGAGGAUUGAUGGUGGGAGUGGAGCUGGUGACCGAUAGGACUGAAAAGACACCUGCCAAGGCAGAAACUGCGGUUUUGUUUGAAAAACUUCGAGAGCUUGGAAUCCUGGUUGGCAAAGGUGGUUUGCAUGGUAACGUUUUUCGAAUAAAACCACCAAUGUGUUUUAACAAGGACGAUGCAGAUUUUCUUGUAGAUGCACUGGACUAUUCUAUGUCAAAGUUGUGAAGCAAAUCCUAGAUAAAAUAAAAGAGCAGUAAGAGCAGUGCAUAAUUUUGGACUUAGGACCAUCUGAGCUUUCACUCCCAGGUUAUGAUUUUGUAUGCAACCAUUUCUAUUCUAACGACAAGUUCGAAAGUUUGUGUUGCUAUGUA